UUAAAGUCCACCUCUGGGGAACACACAGAUUGAGUGUUCCAGAUUACCCCUUUCCCAGUCCUGCCUCUCAUCAGGCUGGCGGGCUGUGUACCUGGACUUCCUGGGACCGUGGCUGGGGUUUGAGGAGAGACCCCAGUACCUACCUGGCUACAGGAUGAAGCUGCCCACCAGCUUCUUGAUUUUGUGGCUCAGCCUGGGGGGUGGCCUGGCACAGAACGACCCCAGCCCUGACGCGGAGGAGUCCUAUUCAGACUGGGGCCUUCGGCACAUCAGAGGCAGCUUUGAAUCUGUCAAUGGCUACUUCGAUUCCUUUCUGGAGCUGCUGGGAGGGAAAAAUGGAGUCUGUCAGUACAGGUGUCGGUAUGGAAAGGCACCAAUGCCCAGACCUGGCUACAGGCCCCAGGAGCCCAAUGGCUGCAGCUCCUACUUCUUGGGUCUCAAGGUACCAGAAAGUAUGGACAUGGGCAUUCCAGCAAUGACCAAGUGCUGCAACCAGCUGGAUGUUUGUUAUGACACUUGCGGUGCCAAUAAGUAUCGCUGUGAUGCAAAAUUCCGGUGGUGCCUCCACUCUAUCUGCUCUGACCUUAAGCGGAGUCUGGGCUUUGUCUCCAACGUGGAAGUAGCCUGUGAUUCUCUGGUUGAUACUGUCUUCAAUACUGUAUGGACCUUGGGCUGCCGACCCUUUAUGAAUAGUCAACGGGCAGCCUGCAUCUGUGCAGAAGAGGACAAAGAAGAGUUAUAAGGGAGAAGUGAUUUCGUUUUUGGUUUUGAGUGACACCACAGCUGUCAGUCUUGGAGACGGUCGUGUGACAGAUGUGUCUCAUCCUUUCUUCCAAAAGCUUGAGUACCACAAAGGAGGAGAAAGGAAAUAUUCUACAGCUGAAAAGUGAGUCCCAUCCUUUGAGGAGAAUUGGAAAAAAGACAUGAAGUGAUUUGAAGGCUACUUUUCACUUUACCACUGGUCUCCCCAACCAAGACACAUUUGCCUAGAAAUUCAGUUCUUAGUUUAAAGACUAAAAUGAAAACCAAAAUACUUGGAUUCCUGGACCUGAUAAUUAUAUUCAUAAGUAAAAUUGUGCAGAGUCCAACCAUUUGGGAAGCAAUGACUUUCCUUGGGUCCAUGUGUCAGUUGCCAGCAAGCAUCUCACAUUUAAUAAAGUGUACUUUCUAGAAAAUUUGAAA